AUGAACGCUCAAAUUACAAAUCUAGCCAUCAUGUUGAUCAUGAUGCAAAUCUCCCGUCGUUUGGACAUGGAAGACCCAACCAUCAUACUGUACGUGCGUAUCGCCUACGUCGCAUCCGUCGUCAUCACCUGGUCCAUCUACUCGUACGCUAGAGCCCAAAUCGUCAAGAAGAACGACUUGACCACCUUGAAAUACGUCACUCCUCCAAACCCAUUGGGUGGCCAAACCGAAGAAAAACUCGAAGUCACCACCGUGCGCGACUACGACUUGCAACAAAUCGACUCUGCCAUCAAGUCCAUCUACACCGGUCUCGCCAUGAUGGGUUUCAUGCACUUGUACAUGAAGUACACCAACCCAUUGUUCAUGCAAAUCGUGUCCCCAGUCAAGUCCGCCUUGGAACACAACGAGGUCCAGAUCCACGUCUUCAACAAGCCUGCCACCGGCGACUUGAAGAGACCAUUCAAGGCCCCAUCCAUGUUCGGUGCUGCCACCGGUGGUUCCGACCCAAAGACCGACAAGAAGUCCAUCGAAACCGCAGAAAAGGCCGGCAAGGGUGGUGUCAAGGCAGAGUAG